AUGCACUCAACUAUUGUGCGCGGCCAGAAUGUAUUCGGUUUCUUCACCACCGUUUGCUUCGUCGUCGCAGCCCUGAUUGCAGCUUCAGACUUACUCGCGCCCCGGACACCCAAGGCGACUGUAGCAGUCAAGGAUCUCCAAGUUGUACGAGGCCGUCCACACUACUACUCCACCAAAAAGGAAGAGUAUGCCAUCAUCCGCUUCUCUCUCUCCGCCGACCUCUCAUCCCUCUUCUCUUGGAACACGAAACAAGUCUUCGUUUACGUAUCGGCUUCAUGGCCAAAUUCUACACUGGGCGAUGCUGGAAAGGGAGAGAUGGUCAAUGAGGCAGUCAUCUGGGAUACUAUUAUCACGAAUCCUUCAGCAGACCACCUACAGAACAUAGGGCCAGCAGCUAUGAAGAAGCUAGUGAGGAGCACAAAGGGCAAGACGAUCGAUCCCUCCAGAGGCAAACUAGAACUUAAAAAUCAGAAGGCAAAGUAUCAAAUCACAUCCCCUGACGGCAAGCUCGCGGAGACGGAUAAUAUGGUGCUGAAGCUGCAUUAUAAUGUGCAGCCGUGGGUGGGGGUCUUGACGUGGACGCCACAAAUCGAGUUUGGGAGCUGGAAGAAGGUGAAGGGAGGGAUUAGUAAGGCAUUCAAAUUACCUGCUAUAAAGGCAAAGAAGGUGGUAGAAAAGAAAAGCGCUUGA